AUGGACAAGGCGGUGAUGCUAACCAGGAAGCAAAUAUGCAAGGCGGACCAGGCAUUAAAUAUGCAAGGCGGACCAGGCAUUAAUACCCACGGAAGAAACACUCAAGGCGGCGGAGCUGACAAUACACAAGGAGGAAACACUCAAGGCGGAGAUGGAGGUAAUACCCAGGGUGGAAACAGUCAAGGCGGAGAUGGAAGUAAUACAGCUGGUGGAAACACUCAAGGUGGCGGAGUUGGUAACACCCAAGGAGGAAACACUCAAGGCGGAGAUGGAGGUAAUAUCCGAGGUGGAAACACUCAAGGCGGAGAUAGAGGUAAUACAAUAGCUGGAAAUACUCAAGGUGGAACAGGUGGCAAUACCAUAGGUGGAAACACUCAAGGCGGAGAUGGAGGUAAUACCCAGGGUGGAAACACUCAAGUGGAAGUAAUACAAUUUGGUGGAAAACACUCAGGGGCGGGUUGGCAACACCCAAGGGAGAAAAACACUCAAGGCGGAGAUGGAAGGGGGCAAUACCAUAGGUUGGAAACACUCAAGGCGGAGAUGGGAGGUAAUACCCAGGAGGUAAUACCCAGGGUGGAAACACUCAAAGCGGAGAUGGAAGUAAUACAAUUGGUGGAAACACUCAAGGUGGCGGAGUUGGCAACACCCAAGGAGGAAACACUCAAGGUGGAGAUGGAGGAAAUACCCAAUGUGGAAACACUCAAGGCGGAGAUAGAGGUGGGUGGAAACACUCAAGGUGGCGGAGUUGGCAACACCCAAGGAGGAAACACUCAAGGCGGAAAUGGAGGUAAUACCAUAGGUGGAAAUACUCAAGGUGGAACGGGGGGUAAUACUAUUGGGGGUAACACUCAAAGCGGAGAUAGAGGUAAUACCAUAGGUGGAAACACUCAAGCCGGCGGAGUUGGCAACACCCAAGGAGGAAACACUCAAGGCGGAGAUCGAGGUAAUACCCAAGGUGGAAACACUCAAGGCGGAGAUAGAGGUAAUACAAUAGGUGGAAAUACUCAAGGUGGAACAGGGGGCAAUACCAUAGGCGGAGAUAGAGGUAUACCAUUAGGGGAAACACUUUCAAGCCGGCGGAGUUUGGCAACACCCAAGAGGAAACACUCAAGGUGGAGAUUGGAGGCGGCGCGAGUUGGGCAAUACCAAAGGAGGAAAACACUCAAGGCGGAGAUAGGGGAAAAUGGAGGUAAUUCAAUAGGUGGAAAUACUCGAGGUGGAAGAGGAGGCAAUACCAUAGGUGGAAACACUGAAGGCGGAGAUGGAGGUAAUACCAUAGGUGGAAACACCCAAGGCAGAGAUGGAGGUAAUUCAAUAGGUGGAAAUACUCAAGGUGGAAGAGGGAGCAAUACCAUAGGUGGAAACACUCAAGGUGGAGAUGGAGGUAAUACUAUAGGAAACACUCAAGCCGGCGGAGUUGGCAACACCCAAGGAGGAAACACUCAAGGUGGAGAUGGAGGUAAUACCCAAGGUGGAAACACUCAAGGUGGAGAUAGAGGUUAUACAAUAGGUGGAAAUACUCAAGGUGGAACAGAGGGCAAUGCCAUAGGUGGAAACACUCAAGGCGGAGAUGGAGGCAAUACCAUAGGCGGAAACACUCAUGGCGGCAGAGUUGGCAAUACCCAAGGAGGAAACACUCAAGGCGGAGAUGGAGGAAACACUCAAGGCGGCGGAGUUGGCAAUACACAAGGAGGAAACACUCAAGGCGGAGAUGGAGGGAAUACCCAAGGUGGAAACACUCAAGGCGGAGAUAGAGGUAAUGCAAUAGGUGGAAAUACUCAAGGUGGAACUGGGGGCAAUGCCAUAGGUGGAAACACUCAAGGCGGAGAUAGUGAUAAUACGAUAGGUGGAAACACUCAAGGCGGUGGAAUUGGCAACACUCAAGGAGGAAAUACUCAAGGUGGAAUAGGGGGCAAUACCAUAGGUGGAAACACUCAAAGCGAAGAUAGAGGCAAUACCAUAGGUGGAAACAUUCAAGGCGGCAGAGUUGGCAAUACCCAAGGAGGAAACACUCAAGGCGAAGAUGGAGGGAAUACCCAAGGUGGAAACACUCAAGGUGGAAAUGGAGGUGGAAACACUCAAGGCAGAGAUGGAGGCAAUACCAUAGGUGGAAACACUCAAGGCGGAGAUGGAGGCAAUACCAUAGGUGGAAACACUGAAGGCGGCGGAGUUGGCAAUAUCCAAGGAGGAAACACUCAAGGCAGAGAUGGAGAGAAUACCCAAGGUGGAAACACUCAAGGGGGAGAUGCAGGUAAUACAAUAGGUGGAAACACUCAAGGUGGCGGAGUUGGCAACACCCAAGGAGGAAACACUCAAGGCGGAGAUGGAGGUAAUAAACACUCGUGGAAAUACUCAAGGUGGAACAGCGACGGGUAA